UGGAGAUCCUCCAUAGAUCCUCUACGACAGAGUCUGAAUUCGUGGUGCUCUAGGUGCAACAGAAGAUAGCUAGUCAAACAACGGUCAAACUGGAUCAAACGGGGUCGAACCUUGUAAAACUGAACUGAACUGCAUUUGUUGAGGUUGUAGAUCACUCAGAUGGUUGCGGGACUAAAUUAGUCGUGUUAGUCGUCUCAAACUCGUUCGCAGGAAAGCCUAUGCUACAAAGACACAGACUAGUCAAUUCCGCAUUGAAAGAAGAGUUGAAAAGUAUACAUGCUUUCUCUCAGAAGACCCUUACGCCAGAGGAGUGGGAAAAACAGAAGGCUUAACUGUGCAUGUCUUUAUUGAUGUCGUUAUAUUUUGUUAUUCUAUAAAAUAAUUAUCAAAGUUUUAUACACAAUGAUCAUCUUCAAGGUCUCAGCUCCAGGAAAACUGAUUCUUUAUGGUGAACAUGCAGUCGUUUAUGGAAAAACUGCUUUAGCUGCUAGUUUGGAUUUACGCACGACUUUAGUGUUUGAAGAAUUAGGUGCUGAGGAAUUGAAUAUCUAUUUAUCAUUGCCAAAAAUUACUCUAGCGGAAACAGUGUCCAUUAAGAGAAUAGAAGACCAUUUUUUUCAAAAUACCGUAUCAAAAAAUGAGGGAAAUUCUGAUGAUUUUUAUCAACAUGUUCGAAACUUUGUUGAUCAACUUAGGUAUAAGGAUUCAUCACGGAAGUUAGCUGUGGAAGCAUUUUUUUAUCUAUUUGUUACUAUUCUGAAAACUACAAAACUUCAAAUCAAACCUUUCCAUAUAUACAUAAACACAGAAUUGUCUGUUAGUUCUGGUCUUGGAAGUUCUGCAUCUUUUGCUGUGUGUUUAACUACUUGUUUCUUGCAUUACGUUAAUCAGCGAAGAAAUAUAGCUACUGAAUUAGAUAAAGAGCAGCUAGAUGUAAUAUCUAAGCAUGCUUUGAACUGUGAAAAAAUUAUGCAUGGUAAUCCAUCUGGCGUAGAUAAUGCUAUUUGUACUUACGGGUCGAUAGUCGAGUUUCGAAAGAAUGAAUGUCUACAGCCAAUCACUGAUGCAAAGAGUAUGAGGGUUCUACUAGUGGAUACGGGAGUACCCAGAAGCACUAAAUGCUUAGUAGAAAGAUUGGCUCUGCUGAAGGAAACCUAUCCAAAAGUCUUUGAUCCUAUUUUGGAAGCGAUGGACAACGUAUCACUGGAGGCUCUGAAUAUCAUCAAGAGAAUGAAAGAUCUACUUGACACGGAUACUGAAAGACUGAAUGAGUUUUAUGUAAAGUUAUUGAUCCUGAUUGACGUAAAUCAACAUCUAUUAUCAUCUUGUCAAGUUUCACAUCCAACCUUAGAUGGAAUCUGUGCUAAAGUCCGUAAACAUUCUCUUCGAGCAAAGCUGACGGGAGCUGGGGGUGGUGGAUUCGCUUAUGUAUUACUACUACCUGACACCAGCGAUGAAACUAUUCAAGAAAUCACUAAUACUUUUGUAAAGCAAGGGUAUGGUGUUACAUUGACAAACUUAGGAGGACCUGGAGUCAAAAUUGAAAACAGGUACAACGCAUGAAACAGAGUGAGACUUGCUAGUUUUCUUCAUAGGUCAUGGUAAUAAAAUUUGUGUAAUGCUAUGAUGGGCUGGUGAAAAAUAUUUAGUCAACCAAACAUUUCGAUUACUAUGUUUUAUUGUAAAUCGGACAAUAGCGAUAUAAAUAAAGUUAUUACAGUUGACAAUCGUUUCAAUAGUUCGUAACAUCGAAAACUUUGGAGUAUAGAGUCAGUAAAAAUGAUGAUAGAACAAUAAAUAAAAACCUUUUCAGUUCAUUCCAGUUACAUUAAAACAUUGAGUACAUAUGUUUAUGCCGUUUUUGAAUAUCAUUUUUUGAUACAAUUCUUCACUUUGAGUAUUAAACCAACGGAAAUUAAAGUACCGAAUUUACUAGGUACCAAAUUAUGGAAAUAUUCUCUUGCAAUUAAAAGUUAAAUACCUAUUAAAAUAGUAUUCAUUUUGUCUCUUCUGGAUUAUUGUCAGAAGAUCUGACUCAAUAUAUUAUAAUAUAUAAGUAUAAUCAUUGUCUAUAAAUAGUGAUAGCUGUUUCAUUCAUGGAAUUCGGAUGAAUUGUGAAAGUUGUGCACCCUGCACAACAAUAACUUUUUUGUCACAACAGUAAAGUUCCUUAGUUGUGAAUUUUCAUGUAGAUAGAAGUUGCCAAUCGGGUGAUAGUUGGAACAAAAAAUGAAUUGAACACAGCCUGCAGAUCUAUUUGAAUUAAUUUACAAUUCUAAAUAAAAGUGGGGGAUAAAAUCUCUUCAAAGAUUUAUGAAAAUAUGAUUUUCAUUUGCAAGACUUUUUAUCUCACAAUAACGAUCUAGCCUACAAACAUUGAAAUACUGUUUCUAAAUGGUUGAUGGUACUGCGACAGAUUCGUUUCCCUUUAUUUUACAUGGCGGGUUCCUCACGGGUGAUUUGGAAAACUGCGAGUUAUGAGACCAGAAUUGCAAAUUAAUUAGUUCCAAAACUCCGAAUUAAAACUGGAAAUUAAAUUUUCAGUGAAAAAUGAUAUGUGUAAUUUUGAAUUCGAAUCAUAAUAUUAAAAAUCAGAAACGGGUUUUUAACUCAAAAAUUAAGAUUGAGGAGUUUCAAAAUAAAUUUCUUAUUCGAAUGACAGAACUAAAAAAUUGAAAAUUACUUUUUCAUUCGAAUGAUGUAAUUAAGGAUGCAGAUAAUAUUGUAUUACUUAGUUCUUAUUUUGACAGUAACAAUUGGGAAAUAAAAAAAAUUCACCUAGUGCUAA